AUGGCUCCGAGUCGCAGGAGAGGCGCUGGUAAGGCUGCCGCCUGUCGACAGUGGAAGGUGGGCGACCUUGUACUUGCCAAAGUCAAAGGUUUUCCUGCCUGGCCUGCUGCGGUUAGCGAGCCGGAGAAGUGGGGAUAUUCAACCGAUUGGAAGAAAGUGUUGGUUCACUUUUUUGGCAGAUGUGAGUUCUCAUCUCUUUUCCCUUGCCCUCUUUUAUAUUUUCCUUGUGGUCGUACUCUGUUGGUGAAUGCUGAGAUUGCGAUGGAGAUUUUGGCUCAUACUUUGGAAAGCGAGUCAAAUUUGCAAAGGAAGGUGGACUUAUUUUUUCUUGUUGAUUCUAUUGCUCAGUGCUCAAAAGGUCUGAAAGGUGAUGCAGGUUGUGUUUAUCUUUCAGCCAUUCAAGUAAUUUUACCUCGCCUAUUAGCAGCUGCUGUCCCUGCUGGAGCUACAACACAAGAAAAUCGGAGACAGUGCUUAAAGGUGUUGAGGCUUUGGCUUGAAAGACGGAUCCUGCCUGAAUCUAUUGUUCGUCACCAUAUAAGAGAACUUGAUUCACAUAGUAUAGCUCCUACUUGCCUUUAUUCUCGGCGCUCAGCUCGAAGAGAAAGGUCAUUGGAUGACCCUGUGAGAGAUAUGGAGGGUAUGCUGGUGGAUGAAUAUGGAAGUAAUUCUACUCUCCAGCUCCCUGGAUUUUGCAUGCCUGCAAUGCUUAAGGAUGAGGAUGGAGGGAGUGACUCGGAUGAAGGGGAUUUCGAGUCUGUCACUCCUGAACAUGAGUCCAGAAUCCUUGAAGAACACGUCUCGUCCUCCACUGCUGAAAGGCAUACGCUUAUAUUGGAAGAUGUUGAUGGCGAGCUUGAAAUGGAAGACGUGGCUCCGCCGUGGGAAACUGGAAACUGCACACAUACUGAUCAAACUGAUAAUACAAUGGCUACCACCAGUUGUCAGGUUGGACAACAGCAACGUCCUGUCUCUGGCACUUCUCAUCAGCAUGUGUCCUCGUCAUCUCCACCACUGCCAUCUUCCUCGCCAGCACCUCCACCGCCGCCACCAGCUCCCCCUUCACAGCAGGCUCAGUGUGCCAUGUCUGAUUCCUAUUCAAAUGGAUUUGACAGCGGUGGAUAUCCCAGCGUGCAUGGAGAUCAUCAGGCUGGGCCUGUAAGGAUGAACCCRCCAAUGCCUGGAAAUACCAUGCAGUAUCAAGGUCCAUAG